AUGCCGCCGCCAGGCUACGUCUUUCGAGAUGGCGGGACCACGCCGCCUAUUGAAGAACUCGAUCCUUCCAAUCAAGCCAAUAAUGAAUUCCGCCAGCGCAUCUUGCAGGCGAGAAAGCCUCCGACAGCCAAAGAUCCCAACGCGCCGUUGGCUCAACAGACAACCACAUCGCAUCAGCUCGCAACAGGCGAUCACGACUACGGCGAACUCAAGGGCAAGGCCAUCGACGCUGGUAAGGAACCAUUCACAACCGAUCUGGGCUGGAGAGCAAACGGUGACGGUGUAGAUACUCUGGUCCGGGGCAUUGAAAAUGAGGACUUGUGGGCGUUGGUGAGAAGGUUCAAUCGGCAAAUGUACCACAUCAAAGCGAUCGACCAGGCUCCUCCCGGCGGCCUGGACUGCUUCGUCGCCGACGAAGAUGAUUUUAGUCCGGACAAACUAAGAGCCAACCUCGAAAGACUUUACAUCACGGUGGGCGUUGGCAUGAUGGGCUUUGGCAAGCACAUCGUAAGACUGAGAAGUUGGAGGGAGCCACGACGGACCGCAGCCUUCGCGGCGGUGUACGUCCUGGCGUGGCUGCUGAAUAUGGUUAUGGCGACUUUCUUCCUCACACUGAUCGUGCUAAUUACUGUGCCGCGAGCGCGAAAGAUUAUGUUCCCACACGCUCCUUUGGCCUUGGUCGAUCGUCACACAGGCGGUGUACAGUCUCCUCCGGCAGGUGUUCUCGGCAGUACCGACAGCUACACUGGGGCGCCCGAGCAGUACAAAGGAAUGGCCGUCGAGCAAGAAGCCAGUAAUCUGAUCUCUGGUGUUGCAUCAGUCGCUAUCGCUUCAGCUGCUGGCAAGCACGAUCAAUCCAGCCCAGAUGACAACGGUGGAAGCAAGCAGCUUGAUGGCAACGUUCCCGAUCCGACGAAUGUUGCUAGUGCUGCUGCUGUGGCUACUUCCUCGGCCACUGGAGGAACGCCUACGCACCAGGACAAGACAAAGCAGCCCAUGGAAGAAGCCGUGUGGGCAAAGAUGCGACCGGCUAUGCAUGCCCUGGGCGAUCUUGCGGACGGAUGGGAGCGAUUUGCGAACGCUCUUUCGCCAACACCGCCAUUCUCUCAAACUAAGCGCCUUCAGCUUGCGGGUAUCGUUGCACCACUCUUCCUUAUCUCCCUGUUGGUCCACGCCAAAUGGGUCUACCAUUCUAUGGUCUUGAUCAACGGUAUCAUCUUCUUUACAGACCCUCUACAGCAACGGGGAAUUGCUCUUCUGAACGAAAAGAUCCCGGACUGGCCAAAGAGAGGCCAACCGCGCUCCGCUUCCUCCCCGCCCUCGUCAGGAGACACGCCACCAGAUUCCCCCGUAGAGCUGGACAAGCAGCAGCUCCUCGAAGACUCCAAUUUAGAUGCGACACAUUCUGAGCUCGAGGAUGCUGUGACCGCUGAUGAGAACGCACAACCUGACUCUCCGACCACGCCAAAGAAGAAAGGUCUCGGUGCUCGCAUCGUUGGUGCCAUUAAAGGCACGACUGCAACCGCCGUCGAAACCAAGCUCACUACCGACCGCGCCCGUGCCAUCGCUGGCUCUGGUCACGCCAAAGACAAACUCGGCAUCCUUCCUUCCAAACAAGAAAUGCGAAGCAGCGAUACCGAAGGCCCAGUAUUCUUCAAAGCGCGCUGUCACGGACGCCGUGGCGCAGUCUUCAUCGACUCCUCUAUCUCGCCUCCCAGCACUGACGGCAAACUCCCCCGAAGCCCUUGCAUCUACUUCUCCACUGACGUGUCAGCGCCUCAGCACGAAGAGGUCGAAGAAGGCAAGACAAGCCGCAUCGUCUGGGCCGUGUCCAUUGCCGAUAUCGUGGAAGUGAAGAAGAUCGGUGGACUUGGUUGGAAGGGCAAGCUCGUCGUCGGGUGGGCUACAGACCGCGAAGUGAAGGACGGGAUCGAGAUCACCGAUAAGACUGGGAAGAAAAUGCGCGCGACGGCGAUCAAGGAGCGCGAAGAGCUGUUCAAUCGCGUUGCGAGCAUGGGACAGCAGAUCUGGCAGUGCUUCUGA